AUGGUUAAUACUCAAAGCCAUGUCUAUCCCCGACCUGCUCAUCCAAGGCAAGCGUGGCAACCAGAAAGAGCCGGUCUGAUGCCGGCUCCAGGGGAUGGCCGUUACCUGGCACCAGAUUCUGUCAGAACAGUGCCUCCUGCAACAGUUGGCAGAGCGUUGCGAGAAGUCUGCCACAUCAACCACAAAAACUUCUUUCUUGCAGUUACCCUCGAGAAUGGCGAGCACGCUUUUUUUUCCGGUCCAGAGAAUGUCGAUGCGGUAGAUGCUAGCAGGAUGUUCCACAUGAACAUCUUUCUGCAGUAUCAGCAAGGAAUACCCCCACACGCAUCAAGAGAGACUGGCCCUCUUCAGGGAGAUUAUUCUGGUAAUGAUCUCUAUUAUGCGCAUGCUGUAGGCCCAUACGGUCGUCACGACAGAGGAUAUGAUCAUGACGAGUUUGAUCAUGGCGCUGCCUCCCAACGCAGGAAACGCCCACGACGGGCCAGAGCACCACGGUCGUUGGAGGAGGAGGAGGUUGCUACUGUCACUGCCGGGUCGAGGAAGACCACCAUCAUGAUUGGAGAUUCGGAUGUUGUGCGGGCCUUUUAUGAACGUCGUUUUCGGCUCUGUCACCAGAUCCUCUGCCGGUGCAUCGCCAAGGCCUUUGUGAAGCUCAUGGAGCCCAAAAAGCAGACGAACCAUCCUUAUACAAAGGGUCAAGAGGCGGCACCAAGGUGGUGGCCGAAUGACUAUGGUCCUAACAGAGUGCUUUUGAGGCACAAGGAACCGGAUCACAUCAAGAAAGAAGAGCGUGUGCACCUGCUGACCCAUAUCCUCCGCAUGCUUACUGAGCCGAAUCAUAAGCAACACGAGGACAUUCGGUCGCAACAUCUGACUGUGGCCAAGCUGGAGGAGGCUGCUAUGGAUGCUGCCGCCUCUUUCUUCAAUGCCUCGGGGGAGAACAUGAAGAAGAAACUGUGGCUCAAGGAGGCAUUUAAGGUAGCAAAGGCGGAAGAGAAGCUCAAGAGGGGUGAGAUCGACCCCACCACCCAAAUCUUCGUGACGGCGGACAACCACGAGCCCGAGGACGACGACGACGAUGGGCAUGAGGCCGAAUACGAGCGAGUCAAGCGUGAGGAGGAUACCGGUGAUGCCCCGGACCCCAUCGCCCGAACCAUGUCUGUCCAGAGCUACGGAAGCGACAUGGCGAUGCGCGAUGCUCAUCCCGGUCCCGCAAUCGUGCAUACCGAUUUGGCACCAACACAGCAAAACUAUGUGGAAGGAGUUUCCCUGACGGUUGGCGGGCCAUCUCAUCUGGCCAGUCCAAUGCAAGAGGUUGACAACAGCCGCCGAGCCAUGUACGGAUCUGCUGCCGAUUUUGGAGGAUCGACCGGACCGGCGACGCUGUAUCCAACUCAGUGGCAACACAAUCCGGCGGCUCAGACGACGGCGUCGGGGAUGUAUACAUACACGCAAGCGCAACCGGCACAUACAUCGCACGGUUAUCCAACUCAUGAGCAAGCCCCGUCUUUGCAGCCCCAAUCCUAUUUGACGUCGGGAUAUGAGACGCUGCCGGGUUCUCACACUCUAUAUCGUAAUAACAGUUACCUAUCGCCAACGGGGAGGUUUCCCAGAGACGGGUCACAGUAGCCAUGGGGCGAUAGGUGGGGGUUAGGGGAUGCACAGCAACAAUAACAACAACUUUGCACAAAUGGGUGGUUGACUGCUUUUGGGUAUCUUGACAGGCAAAACGGAGACUGAUGUGGACAACAGCACAGGAGAUGGGUGAAGUGGGUUGGUUGGAUUAAUUCGGGUUUUCUCUUCUUGAGCGUGGCGCUACAGAUUGAUGACUGCCAUUUUCUUUUUUUACAUUCAGGAGCACAGUUUGGGUUUGCAGCUUUCUUUGGGGGUUCAGCAACAGCGAAUUUUGUCCUUUGCUUCUAUCGGUUUUUUGCGGUUAAGGCGCAAAGUAACAUCGCUUGCUCCGGGUGAGCAGUCGGGUGGAUUGGAUAGAGGGGAUCGAUCUUUUUGCAUGAGUUUGUUUCUUUACUUGGGUAUUCUGAUGCUGGUCUGUUGCACUUUUUUCUUUGUCGGUAAUAAAUUCCCGUCUGUUGAAAGGGGCU